AUGGAUAAGAGAAAGGAGACCACUACACUCUCCGUCCAUCGCUGUCGUUUCGUCGACUAUGCUCCAUCUGCCAUAACGGCCUUGGCCUACCCGCCUCUCCCUUUGCCAUCAGUCAAAGGCAAGAAAAAAACCACCGCCGGGAAGCAGCCACUACGAUUCGGCCUCCUCGCAGUCGGCCAUGCCAAUGGGAACAUUGACAUAUGCGAGUGGCAGGGUGCUGAACGGGAGUCUCAGUGUUCUCAGGCCUGGGUGGUGCGAAAAACUCUCCCUGGACCGUACCCUUCAAAAGUAGAUUCUUUGGCCUUUGUUGUGCGUUACCCAGAAGACGUGGGACCCGACGAUGUCCCUAUGCAAUCCGAUCUUCGCCUGUUUAGCUCAGGCGGAGGAAGUGAAUUAAUUGAAUGGGACUUGGAAAGAGGGUGUAUACGCAGAACCAUAAAUUCGCAAGGUGGAUCAAUAUGGUCCAUUGCCGCUAAUCCAUCCUCUUCUUCACUCGCACUGGGGUGCGAAGACGGCACAGUUCGUAUUCUCUCAAUAGCGAACGAUACUUUGACCCACUCGCGUCGGUUCGAUAGAGUGAAGUGCCGGAUGCUGAGCAUCGCCUGGGGACCACCCAUACCUCGACAACGGCAAGCUAAGAAAGCUCAGGAAUUUGAUGGCGAUUCUUCUAGCGAUGACGACGAAGAAGACGAUUGGACCGACUCAUGGUUAGUUACAGGAUGCUCCGAUAGCAGCCUACGGAAAUGGGAUAUCUCAACUGGACGGGUUAUUGAGAGAAUGGGUGUCGAUAAAGUACGGGGAGAGCGCACAUUGGUUUGGACCGUUGGUGUCCUUGGCGAUGGUACAAUAAUAUCUGGAGACUCAUUAGGAAUGGUCAAGUUUUGGGAUUCAAGGACUUGCACACAAUUGUCUUCUUUCAAGGCCCACGGUGCCGAUGUUCUGUGCAUGGCCGUUAGUCCUGAAGGAAGGGCUAUCUAUACUGCAGGCGUUGACCAAAAAACCGUUCAGUUCUCCCUCGUUAAGACAUCCAGUACUGAAAACGGGCCCACCACGUCGCGUUGGACACAAACGUGUUCCCGUCGUAUGCAUUCGCAUGACGUGCGAGCCUUGGCUAUGUGGCCUCCCUACACUCCUCUACCCACAGCAUACAAGAGACAUUUUUCAAUUGAUGUAGCUCCCAUUCUUGCGUCUGGGGGACUCGAUAUGUCCGUCGUGCUCACUCCUGCUGCUCUCCCAACGAGUACUGUUGUCAAAAUUACGAAUCCAUUGGAUACAAGCACGGAAUCUACCUUUGAGGAUUCCUACCACCGUAAACUGGCCUUUGUCGCGAGAGGUGUUGUGCGCGUUGCUCGAAGUACUCGCUUGGUAUCAUGUGCACGGGAAGCAGGAAUCACUGUCUGGAGAAUCCAUAAAAAGCCGGAAGAGGGUACAGGUGUUGUGCAAAUGCAAUCGGGGCCCACAGACGAUCCUUUGGAGACAGAACCUUACGCUGGUGGGUGGGAAAAGGUUCUUGAGAUGGACCUCAAAGUCAACACAAAUAUAACCACCCACGAAAUUUCGGAUGACGGUAGAUGGCUUAUCGUUUCGGACUUGUACGAAAGCAAGCUCUUCGCUCUUACCACAGACGAUAAGGGUGAAAUCGGCCUCAAGCGAAUAAAAGAGUUUUCGUCUAUUCUACAAGCAUACAUCCCCGCUUCUCCAAGUCAUGCAAUAUCUACUGGCGCCAGUGCUUUCCAAUUCACCCCCGAUUCAUCCAAACUAAUUAUGUCCACCGCCCUCUCAUCUUAUGUCCUGGUCAUCAACCUAAUAGGAGACAAGCCACGCGUAAUGCGCCGCUUCGAUCAACACCGGUUACGAGAUUCCAUCGUUCACGAUCGAGUUGUCAAAGGUCGAACACUAGCGCUCGAUAGUGCUGAGAAGAAGCUCGUGAAUGGACACACGCAUGUCAAUGGCGACGCAAGUAUGGAUGUUGAUAUGGCUGAACCAGAUGUCGAGUCCCCUCCCCCGGCCAAUGAAGCAAGCGAAGCAUCUGAUGACGAAGAUGACGAUCAGGACGUCAGCUCUACAUCUGCAACUGUCAGCGUUGAUAGGAUAGCUGUGAGUACUGACGGCCAAUGGCUUGCGACGACCGACAGCCGUGCCAGAACGCACAUUUUCAACCUAGAUUUGAUUUCACAUCACUGCGUCCUCCCAACCUUCCCACGUUCCGCACAAGCACUCGCAUUUGAUCCUAUGCAUCCUUCAGUUCUCCUGCUCUCCUUCCCCGACAACUCUAUCCAGAUAUUUGAUGUUGAGACACGCCAGUUCCCUGUCUGGGGAAAAGAACUCGCCGCUAGCCUGCCUAAACGAUUCACUCAUGCACAUGACCCUGUGCUUGGCGUCUCCUUCGAUCCAGCUGUAACAUCCAGCUCUGGCAUUGAUGAACAGGGCAAGACGCGGUACGUGCUCUUCUGGGGUGCGACGUGGAUGUUCAAGGUGAGCCUCGAUACCACCGUGCGCUCCGGCGCUAAGAAGAGGCGACGCGAGAUUGCGCCGGUGCCUGGUGCAGAAGAGGAAAGACAGUGGAGAGACUACAAAAUGAUCACUCAGUACCGCCCGCUAUUGUGCUGUGAUUUCCUGGCAAAGGAUGAAUUGGUGGUGGUAGAAAGGCCGCUUGUGGAUGUGCUGUUGACGCUACCGCCUGCAUACUUCAAACACAAGUACGGCGCGUCAUGA